GUCACAUUACACUGACACAGGACCAACCAGUCAUGUUUCUUUGCUCUAACCUCUCAGUGCUGAGCGCCAAGCGAGGCAGCGGCAAGUACCAUUUUAGUAUUUAUUAUGACGAGAUCCGGGUUUGAACCCGGGGUCUUCCGACAUCCUCGUAAAUUAUAUAAGUAUGUCCCCCAAAUGCCCCCAAAGUUUGAAUAUUAUUGGUCAGUAAGAGUGAGAGCAGUGUCCUCCUGUCAAGUGGUGGGUACGUGAACUGGUAGCCUCUGUGCACUUCUCCUGGGAUUAUCAACUACUCUCCAGUAUCUCAAUCUGUCCACACCAGACAGUGAAGUCUUUUUCGAGGAGGUACAGCCGAUUGUUCGGGGAAACUUUCACACUGUGUCGGCCCUGGAGAACUUGCUAAUAUCGCGCACCAAAUAGGCAUAUCGCAUAGGUAGAAGUAGAACAAUGGCCUAUAGUGCCCGUGAAGUAAUGUAUUGUUGGUGAGUUAAAGAUCAGGCUUGUGUUAAUCGUGCGAUCUACAGGCCGAUCAGAGCGUGUGUGCGUGGACCUCGCCCCCUAAGAGAACAGCUGGGAUUUGUGCGGGACGGCCAGGCCGUGUGGAGGACCGCUCGGAAGAAAGUUCUCCAACUGAGAGAGCUGACCUCGUACUGGAGCCUGAAGAGUGUCGUCUGGACGGGAACUCUCCACAAACAUGGUGCCUUUUAGGAUUCUUGUCUCUGCUGCACUGUUGUGUUGUGUAAACUCUGUACCCUUAAGUUUAUUUUAUGAAUUCGGCCCUGAGAGCGGAGACAGUGCCCUGCCGGCCGGGGACGAUCUCAGCUCCAGCGAAAUUCAACUUCUUACCCCCGUGGCUUUCUUCGACCAGAUUCACCCCAGUAUUUUCGUCAACCUUAACGGCCACCUCUCGUUCGAGACAGAAUUGCCAGUAUACCAGGCUAACUUAGUCCUGCCCUCAGGCUAUCAGAUCAUCGCUGCCUUUUUAGCUGACAUUGACACACGAGCAACUGGGUCUGUCUAUUACCGGGAGACGUCCGACAGUUCCCUGAUCCAGAGAGCAGCGGCCGACAUCCGCUCUCACUUUGCCGCUUUCAGCGAUUUUCAGCCAAGGACUCUGUUUAUCGCCACUUGGGAAAAAGUCGGAUACUUCAAACAGAACUCAGAUAGACAAAACACAUUCCAAAUAGUGGUGGCCUCAGACGGCCGGGACUCCUUCGUUUUUUUCCAUUACCUUGACGACGGUGUCCAGUGGUUACAGAGUGACGGAAAACUCAUUCCUGUACUGAACGACCCUCCUGCUCAGGCUGGUUUUGAUUCCGGAAAGGGACGAAAACAUCUCAAACUGAGGGUGUCCGGCACAAACCAGGCUCUAGAUCUCCCCAAUUUAUCGAAUAUCAAUGUGCCGGGAGUAUGGAUGUUCCAGAUCGGCUCCGUUAAGGAGGGCAAUGUCUUGCCAGCUGACAUCAAUACAGGAGAAGUGUUCAUCUUUGAACUGGACGGGGAUGAUGCCACCUGUCUGGAGGGCGCGCGCACCUGUCACCCAAGCGCACGGUGUGUUGAUUUCUCCCCAGGAUUUUGUUGUGAAUGUGUCCAACCGUUUUACGGAAACGGUCGAUCUUGUCUGGAACCAGGUGUGCCCCAGCGUCUGAAUGGUAAGGUGUCGGUGAACCUGAACGGAGAGGACUUCGUUGACUUAGACCAGCACAGUUACGUGGUGACGACGGAUGGGCGAUCGUACACGGCCAUCAGCCGCCUGCCUUCUUCCAUCGGCCACGCCAUGCAGACUCUCAACACCCUGGGCGGAAUUGUAGGCUGGCUGUUUGCUGUCCCUAUCAGCCCCCGGGCAAGAAACGGCUACAUGUUCACAGGUGGAGAAUUUAACCGGACGACGGUGGUUCGAUACCAAAGCGGGGAAGAGGUGACCAUCAGACAGAUGUUUUACGGCCAUGAUGCUCUUAACAAUAUGAGGAUGGAUACUUUCAUCACGGGUAGCCUCCCCUCCAUCCCGGUAGACAAGGCUAUCACAGUUGACGACUUCAAGGAGGAAUACAGGCGGGUUUCUCCAGGUUUGGUGAAGUCAUCCUCCAGCCGUACAUACCGUGUUGACGAUGUGGCCUUUCGGUACAGCUGGGAACAGGAGAUUACAUACAAGGAGUGUACAUACGACAGUACCCGUGCCUACAGGGACACCCUGCGGCUCAGCGUCAGCCGUAACUUCGUGGUGUACGACCCCAGAGAGAGGAUUGUCCGAUAUGCCAUGACCAGUCGGAUAAGUGUUCUCACAGGAAAUGACCCGUGCGCUGAUGCAGACCAAAAGUGUGGUCCCAAUUCGGACUGUAUUCCACAAGGCGAUAACUUCAAAUGUGAAUGUCGACCUGGCUACUUUAACGACGGCUCCUCGUGCCAAGAUUAUAACGAAUGUGAGUCUGUACCGAGUCCGUGUGACGAGAACGCCAUAUGUUACAAUGUGGAUGGAUCGUUCGAGUGCCGAUGUUCGGCGGGGUAUACCGGGAAUGGCCGAACCUGUGUCCGGGCCGCCCAGCGUUGUGGAGAGUUCUCCUGUCACUUGAACGCGCGCUGUGUGUUCAACAAUGACGCUGGCUACCCUAUCUGCGAGUGCAAUCCGGGCUAUACUGGCGACGGCAGCGUGUGUACACGCACAGUUGAUCGCCAAUGCGGAGACUACUUCUGCGACUCGGAUGCUCACUGUACCUUCAAUGACCGCCUGCGUACUCCGAUUUGCGAAUGUAACCCAGGGUUUAUCGGUAACGGCGAGAUAUGUGCGGCUGUGGAGUUUGGCUGUAACGAGGUGAACAACUGUGACUCUAACGCCGAAUGUCAGUUGGACGAGGAUGAACAACGCUACGUGUGCGUGUGCAACGACGGGUAUAGUGGGGACGGCGUCACCUGUGAGGAGGCUGGAGACCCUGACAUAAACUGCCGGAACUGCGACCCGAAUGCCCGCUGUGCCUAUGACGUGAAUCGGUUUGUGUUCCACUGUCAGUGUAAGGAGGGGUACACUGGGGAUGGAAACACCUGCUCUGUGAUAGAUGGCUUACCAACGGACAUUUGUCGACGAUGUGACAGAAAUGCAGAAUGUGUGUAUGACCAAUCACAGGAUCGAUACGGGUGUCGCUGCGUGGCUGGUUACCGUGGUGACGGUUACCGCUGCGACGCCAUCGACUGUCGUCUGCUCAAUGAUUGUGAUGGAAACGCGCGGUGUGAACCCGACCGAGAGACAAACUCCUACCAGUGCCGUUGCAACCCAGGAUACCAAGGAGACGGUCGUACAUGUGUAGCGGGAGGCUGUAACGUCCUAAAUGACUGUGACCGUAAUGCACGCUGUAUAGAAGACCCCCGGGAUCCCCGUCUUUACACCUGUGUCUGUAACCCCGGGUACGACGGAGACGGAAAAGUCUGCCUGCAAAGAUUGAUACCAUGUAACCAGGUCAAUAAUUGUGACCCCAACGCUGAAUGUCUUUACGACCCGGAUUCCCAAGGUUACCGCUGCGUCUGUAGACGUGGUUACCUUGGAGACGGACUGCGCUGUAGAAGGCGAGAUUAUGACUGUCGCUCAGAGCCCGGCCUGUGCUCCCCAAGUGCCACAUGUGUGCAGAACCAGGAUGUCUUCGUCUGCUUGUGUAACCAAGGUUACGAAGGAGAUGGCAGGUCUUGCAGACCGUUAGACCAAUCUGACGGGGACUUUCUGGUGUACGCUCAGGGCAUGUCCAUCAUGAGGGUACCCUUUGACAGACAACAGGGACCAGGCCAACAGAUUCUCUACAUCCCAGGUCAGACUGCCAUAGCUGUGGACUUUGACUGCUACGAACGAUUCAUCUACUGGACGGAUGUAUCAGAAGGAACGAUCAGUCGUGCGCGCACAGAUGGAAGUGAUGCGGAAGUUUUAGUGUCUGACGGUCUGAGCUCCCCCGAGGGUGUAGCAGUAGAUUGGCUUAGCAGGAACUUGUACUGGACGGAUUCGGGUGUGGACAGGAUCGAGGUGGCCCGACUGGACGGCACCUACAGACGGACACUGUUUGAUCAAGGCCUGGUGAAUCCACGCUCCAUCGUCCUUAACCCAUCGCGAGGAGUCUUCUACUGGAGUGACUGGAACCGUGCCGAUCCUAAAAUCGAAAGAGCUAACAUGGACGGCAGCGAGAGAGAAAUCUUUGUCCAGUCUGACAUCAGUCUACCAAAUGCUUUAACUCUGGACACGAGAGCUCAGCAGCUCUGCUGGGGAGAUGCAGGUACACAGAGGAUUGAGUGUAUACGGACAGACGGUGUUGGACGGCGGGUUAUUUACGGUUUGGCACAGUACCCCUUCUCACUGACUUUCUCUGGAAACAAUUACUACUGGACAGACUGGGAAAUGACAAGCAUUCCGAAUAUUAACCGCAAUGGAGGACAACUGAACGACGCUCUGUCCUUACCGAUUGGUGGCAACGGCAGGUUGUAUGGUAUCGUAACUGCCAAAGAGCAAUGUGAAAGAGUUAAUAACGCCUGUGGUUUAAACAAUGGCGGCUGUAGAUUUUUAUGUCUCCCAACUCCCGGUGGAGGAAGGACUUGCGCAUGCCCAGACGACAUCGAUCCUCGGCAGUGUGACGAAAUCGGAUUACUCAGGAAGAAGAAAUAACAAAUUACAUUCUAGUUAGAAAAACACUUUUGCAUAAUUUAGUUCAGACACUUUCUGAUAACGAAAGAUAUUUUGGUCGCAUUUCGCACUAAUGUAUAGAUACAGAAAUCUGAUAUUGGGGUCGAUGAAGCAUUCUAAUGCUGGGUUAAAAUGUCGUUAUAUAAGGGUAUUUCCUUCAGCAGACGUGUACAUAUAUACAACAACCGUAUUAUUCAUUGUUUCGAAAAUUUUAUGUCAUCUUUUCCCGUUAUGAUAUUUUCGUAAUUUCUGGUUUAUUGCGUAUCAGAACGGUAAGAAUAUAAAAUCAUUAUCUAUAUAGUGCUGUGGACAUCAUAUUGCCGCCAGCAUAAUGUGGCCUUAAUUAAGUAUUCAUGUCUUUCUCACUCAUAAUACGACAUUGUUCUGACAAAAGUCCGUGUAAUUUUUGUCAUGCUCUAGUCAGACACAAUACUCAUGAAAUCCAGGCUCACUGACUUGCCAAAAUUUAAGCUUUUCUUCAGUAAUUGGGUUACAGCCCACAAGUGCCAUGUCAGUUUUGUUUGAAAAGAUUAUGUUCUUCUCAUCAUGUUCUAAUUCAAUCAAGUAUCUACCGCAGUAUUUGUGUUCAAGCAUAAAUUAGUGUUUUAUGUGAGAUUUUAUGUAAAAUGAUGCGAAGUGUUUGUAUUAGUUUUGAGCAUUUCAUAAUGCUUCAGUGGUUAUGUCACUUAUAAAUUCGUGCCAAAUAAUUCUGUACAUAUUAUUUUUAGUGUUAAUAUGUGCUUACCUCAGAGCUAAUGAUGUUUACCGCCAACAACUGCCUAACUACACAAUAAUGGUUUACGUAUCGCUUCUCUGUUCCUGGGGCGUGUUAGAAUAAGGGUAAUCUCCUGUCUUCUGUGAGAAUGGAAGCACCGAUUGACGUUUUCGGAAACUGAUACCUGGGUUCCAAAGACCGUUUGACGUUUUCGAUUCUGGAUUCACGACCGAUUACUAGUGGUAAAUUUCUUGAACCAGGCAUGUUUUAACAAACCUAACUUUUAGUACAAAGUACAUGAACGAAUGAGUUUUGAGAAUAUUGAAUAGAAGGCGAAUUACCCAUGUAUGGUGAAUAACUAAGACCUAUAUAUUACGUCACAGACUUUCGUUGGGUUUUCUGUGGCACGAUUAAAUCUGUGUCUGAUUUUUCUUGUGCAUUUAUCUGGUUAUUAGAAGAGUUAUACAAAUCGGACU